GGCCGCUUAGGUCGUUGCCCUCCGCUGACUUCCGGCGUUGCCGGGGAGCCGCCGGGAGAGGGGGAUGCGGCCGGGAGGAGGCAGAAGGGCUGGCAGCGGCGGCGGCUGGCGGGACGGGCGAGAAGGAUGGAGCUCCCGUGAGGAGGAGGAGAGGAGGGAAGGGACGGCGCAGGCGGCUGGCGGGACAGGGAGAGGCGGAGGCGGGCAGCCCGUGGCGGUGGGGCGCCGGCUCUGAGAGCAGUAGCAGCGGCAGCGACUCCCGAGCCCUGCCCUGCCCUGCCCGCCGCCGCCGCUGCCGCCACCUCCCUUGCCAGCCUCGCGGAGCCUGCCCCGACCCGCAGCCGCCCUCAACACGGAGGCCCAGGCACGCGAGCAGCGGGAGGAGGAGGAGGAAGAAGAGGAGGAGGAGGAGGAGGAGGAGGAAAAUGAAGCUCCUGAAGCCGACCUGGGUCAACCACAAUGGGAAGCCGAUAUUUUCAGUUGACAUUCAUCCAGAUGGGACCAAGUUUGCAACUGGAGGGCAAGGGCAGGAUUCUGGGAAAGUUGUGAUAUGGAACAUGUCUCCUGUCCUCAAAGAGGAAGACGAAAAGAAUGAGAAUGUGCCCAAGAUGCUCUGUCAGAUGGACAAUCAUUUAGCAUGUGUGAAUUGUGUACGAUGGUCGAACAAUGGCAUGUAUCUGGCUUCUGGCGGAGAUGACAAGUUGAUCAUGGUUUGGAAGAGAGCUGCGUAUAUUGGACCUAGCACAGUGUUUGGUUCCAGCAGUAAACUUGCAAACGUAGAACAAUGGAGAUGCGUCUCAAUCCUUAGAAGCCAUUCAGGGGAUGUUAUGGACGUGGCAUGGUCUCCCCAUGAUGCUUGGCUGGCCUCUUGCAGUGUGGAUAACACUGUUGUCAUCUGGAAUGCUGUCAAAUUCCCAGAAAUUCUUGCCACUCUGAAGGGGCACUCUGGCUUAGUUAAGGGGCUCACCUGGGACCCAGUUGGGAAAUACAUUGCGUCGCAAGCUGAUGACCGAAGCUUGAAGGUAUGGCGGACCAUGGAUUGGCAACUGGAAACCAGCAUUACCAAACCAUUUGAUGAGUGUGGAGGAACGACUCACGUUUUGCGUCUCAGCUGGUCACCUGAUGGGCACUAUCUCGUCUCUGCACAUGCCAUGAAUAAUUCUGGCCCCACAGCCCAGAUCAUCGAGCGAGAUGGAUGGAAAACCAACAUGGAUUUUGUCGGCCAUCGCAAAGCAGUGACAGUGGUGAAAUUCAAUCCAAAAAUCUUCAAAAAGAAGCAAAAGAAUGGGAGCUCAACCAAAUCCAGCCACCCUUAUUGCUGCUGUGCUGUCGGCAGUAAAGAUCGGUCUCUUUCUGUCUGGCUUACGUGUCUGAAAAGGCCUUUGGUUGUCAUUCAUGAGCUGUUCGACAAGUCGAUCAUGGAUAUCUCAUGGACCUUAAACGGGCUUGGUAUCUUGGUAUGUUCCAUGGAUGGAUCAGUGGCAUUUUUGGACUUUUCUCAAGAUGAGCUUGGUGAUCCUCUGAGCGAGGAAGAGAAGAGCCACAUCCAUCAGACUACCUACGGGAAGAGUUUGGCUAUAAUGACUGAGGCGCAUCUGUCUACUGCUAUUAUUGAGAACCCAGAGAUGCUGAAGUACCAGCAAAGGCAGCAGCAGCUGGAAAAGAAGAAUGAAGCCGUAAGAGAUGCAGCUGGCUCAGCCGCAGCAGUAGCCGCAGCAGCAGCAGCCGCAGCCGCCCCCAAAGUGGCAAGCAUGGUGAACGGGGAGAGCUUGGAGGACAUUAGGAAGAAUCUUUUAAAGAAACAAGUCGAGACCCGGACAGCAGAUGGUCGGAGAAGGAUCACGCCUCUCUGCAUAGCUCAGCUGGAUACUGGGGAUUUUUCUACAGCUUUUUUCAAUAGUAUUCCAAUAUCUGGAUCCUUAGCAGGCUCAAUGAUGUCAGCUUCUCAAACUAAUCAGCUAAUGUCGUUAGAGUACAAUGCAACCAAUUCCCUCUGCACGUCUAAGCCUACCUUAGAGCCAGUGGCAGUCAGUGUUAAACCAACUGAAGAUGCAGUCAACAAAGAAGGUGUAAACGCUACCUCUGCUUCAGCGGCUCCCCCUGCAUCAUCGCCCUCUGUGCUGACGGCCUCUUCCAAGAUAGAGCCAAUGAAAGCAUUUGAUUCUAGAUUCACGGAGCGAUCCAAAGCCACCUCAGGGACUUCUGCCAUAACGCACACAAAUCAGAUUGCCAUAGACAGAUUGAAGGAGCAGAACUCAAUUAGGGAAAGUAAGCCCAAGGAUAUCCUAGAAAGCAGCAGUGACAGUGAGGAAAAGAUCCCCGCCAAACCCAUGUCUCUGUCCAAGCGUAAACUGGACCUUGAAGUGGAAAAGAAGAAGAAAGGCAGGCCUCGAAAGGACUCAAGGCUCAUGCCCGUCACUCUAACAGUUCAGUCCCCAGCAAUUCUGGCUUCCGAAAAGGAUGGUGCUUGCCACAGUGCACCAUUAGCACUUAAACUGCCAACCCCAGUCCCUCAGAAAUCGUUUGCAUUGCAAGUCAGCUCAGAUCCCUCUAUGUACAUUGAAGUGGAGAAUGAAAUCACUACAGUGGGAGGUUCAAAACUCAGCAGAUUAAAGUGCAAUCGAGAAGGAAAGGAGUGGGAGACGGUCCUCACCAGCCGAAUCCUCUCAGCGGCGGGAAGCAGUGAGGUGGUGAGUGUCGCCUGCGAGAAGCGGACGCUGUCGGUAUUUUCGGCGUGUGGUCGCCGCCUUCUCCCCCCUAUUGUCUUGCAUUCACCGAUCUCCACUUUGCACUGCACGGGUUUCUACAUCAUGGCUCUCACCACAGCUGCAACCCUCUCCGUCUGGAAUGUUCAGAAGCAGUCAGUAGUGGUGAAAGAUGAGUCCCUGCAAACGAUUUUAGCAGGAAGCGAAACCACUGUGUCUCAGAUCUUGUUGACACAGCACGGCAUCCCCUUAAUGAACAUGUCCGAUGGCAAAGCCUACUGCUUUAACCCUUCUCUGUCUUCCUGGAACCUUGUCUCUGACAAGCAGGAGACGCUCGCGCAGUGUGCAGACUUCAGGAACAGUUUGCCGUCGCAGGAGGCUGUGCUGUGCUCAGGACCAUUAGCCAUAAUUCAAGGGAGAACAUCUAAUUCGGGGAGGCAAGCGGCAAGACUGUUCUCCAUGCCUCAUUUGGUACAGCAGGAAACUACUCUGUCAUAUUUGGAGAGUCAGGUCGCUGCUGCCCUGACUUUACAGUCAAGUCAUGAAUACCGCCACUGGCUCCUUAUCUAUGCACGGUAUCUUGUUAAAGAAGGGCUUGAAUAUCGGUUGCGGGAAUUAUGCAAGGAUUUAUUGGGUCCAGUUCAUAGCUCAGUUGGAAGUCAGUGGGAAUCAACUGUUGUGGGCUUGCAAAAGCGAGAGCUUCUCAAGGAAUUGCUUCCCGUCAUUGGUCAGAACCUUCGCUUCCAGCGGCUUUUCACAGAGUACCAAGAGCAGCUAGAUAUCCUGAGAGACAAGUAGCAUCUUUGCAAAAUAUUUCUCUGGCCUGAGGGGGAAAAAAUUGCAGGAAAGCAUUAAUAACAGGUGGAAAUGGAAGGGACCGCAGUCAGAAUGGAUUAUUCUUGGAUGGUGCGGAAUAAGAACAAAGUGUUUUAACGAGCAAAAUCCUGCUGAUUUUUCGAAAAGGAAGGUCACAAGAGGCAUGUGUGGAAAUAAGGGAAUGGAACAGAGCAUGAUUUUACUCCCCGUGUGGAAUUUGAUCAUCGCUGCUGCGGCAUGUGGCAGCCAUGGAAAAAGUUGUGGAGAAUGUCCUUCAGGGUUCCUUUGAUUCCAGAUCUCAUAGUGACAAAAUAUCAAAAAGAGACUAUUUGGGGAACCACUUAGAUUUUGCAUAUCUCGAGAAAAGCACAGUACAAAAAGAUAAACUGAACAUCAUAUUGACCCUCAUUCUAGGGUUCUUUGCUAAGGAUUUAUUGAGGCUCUGUCCUAUAUUUGGGUUACAUAAGGAGAAGCCCCAUAAAAGAAAAUUUCAUAAAAUUACUUAAGGAAUUAUGCAGUCAACCAACUCUUUAACUGUGAAUAACAAUAAAAAUUAAAAAAAAAAUUACAGGCUGUUCUAUCACAUGGACUAUUUUUGUACUAGAAUUUGCUAACUUGUAAUAUGAGAAUUUUAUUUGGCCAAUAACCAGAAUUUCCCCUUACCCAACCCACCCGGUUGUAAUGAAACUUAACUCAUUAAUUAUGACAGCUAUAUUGCUGAAUAAUUGUACCAAAAUUAAUGUCAUCUGGUUUUUAAUUUUUAACUAUUUGUAAAAGGCAUUUGUGGGGCU